CGCGCCAAACCAUCAGCGAAAACAAAAACAACCAAACAACUCACACAAGCAUCAUAGAGAGCGACGCUUGCGCUCUCUCAGCAUCCGAACCCUCGGCGCAAAAACAAAACGAAGGCGCGUCACUUCAAGCCCCAAAGCGUUUGCCGCCAAACAUGCACACACGCACUUAUGACAAAAAGAGAGAUGCUUGCUCUCUCCCGCCGAAACAAAACACAAACACGAACAGCAAACCAAACGAAGCUACCCUGACCUACGCAAUACCAAAACAAAAACAAACACAUGACUUAUGCCGAAACUAAAAACGGCAUACAGCAAAACAAUGACCAGCAACAGCAACAACGUUUGACGACAGAUAAAAGCACCAACACUAGCAGAAGCAGAAAAUGCUUGCUGCCUACUUUGACUCAGGCGGACGAGCAUAAUGCACUGACAAGGCCUAAUACCAGAAUAAAGCUGGUAAAAGAAUGGCUAAACGAAGAUGCGCGGCGAUCGAAACGGAUUCAGAUAAUGACGACUUUACCUGCCUGACACUGGACACGCCUAUGUUUAAGAGCCAAUUUGCCAAAAGACUGCAUCAUGAGACCCGACAGAUAGAGUCAGAGCAAGAGACGCCGACGAUUGGUCAAAUAUGCACACCGCCAAAUAAACAGUGUGAGGUCCAACAACAUAGGGAGCCACAAAGGAUGGAGUCUGAACGUCAACAGAUGGAGACGGACAACCAUCAGCCGCAACAUCAGCCAGCCAUUAAUGUAAAUUUAACGCCCGUCCAACCGCCAAUACGUAGUACCAAGGUCCCUACACUCUUCCUGCCCCUGGUGCCUGCAAUUGUACCCCUCAUAAAUAAAUUGACCAUCAAUCCAAAUGUGGGGAAAUUUACGACGAAAUCCAUGGCCAACAGUGGACUCAGAGUCCAGUGCGAUGACAUGGCAACAUACAACGUCAUACAGAACGCCCUUGCUGAAGAUAAAACCCAACUCCAUACACACCAGCCGCGCAGCGACAGGGGCUACCGUGUAAUAGUGCGGCAUUUACACCACACUACGCCAAGCAGCUGGAUUACUGAGGAGCUGGAACGGCUGGGCAUCCAGCCAUCCAAUGCGAUGGCAAGUGUGUGGAAAUCUUAAAAGAGUACGCCGUUAAAAUUGAAAACUUAGAGAAAAGACUGCAAGAACUUACCACAUUAAUUAAAAAACCUGACGGAAGCAAAGGGCAGUGGCUCAGCAGUGGCCAAUCCUCCAACACAGACACCAGCAGCAGCACCAACACCUACAAGACCCGCCGCCAAUACACAACCUGACGCCGCAGCCGUAUCGGAGGACUCUGAUAUGGACUGCGAAGCACUCAGCGACGAUGGCGACGACCUGUGGACGGACGACGAUUGAUUUGACGACGAGAUAGCGGAGAUCAUAGACGCCUACGAUAGCUACUACUCUGACGUCUUUUGAUGAGCCCAAAAGUCGGUCCUGAGGCAGCCACUAAAAACAGAUGGAAACCAUUAACUCACAUAACCACGAAAAAUGAAAAAUGACCAAUACGUACUCACCUGACACGCCAUCGGCAGAGCUGCCCCACCAGCAGAUGCCACGACAAAUAGACCAAACCUUUGCUGCUAAUUUGACGACAUUCUUGGAAUAUAUUGACGACUCUCCUGAUAAUUCACCGCACAGGUCCAGAGCAGCCACUGAAAUAAAACAAAAUGACAUCUGCCCCUUCAGCAGCUGCCCCGUCAUCAACACCACACAUCUGAUGCCAAUUGGACGACAUUUUAGGAUUUAUUGACGACGCUCCUGACAAUCCACCGCACAGGUCCAGAGCAGCCACUGUAAACAAACCAAAAAUGACGUCAAUACUCACAUCAACACAAAAUGGUCCAAAUACACA